GGACUUACAUAAUACAUCACUAGCAGGAAAGAUACAAAACUUGGAGGGUCUGCUACACAUCGAGCAACUGAAUCUGAGUUUCAACGAUCUCACUUCCUUUGGGACAGACCUGGAAAGCCUGGUGAAUCUUCAACUUCUGGACUUGAAAAACAACAGCUUACAGGGAACCAUUCCUGACAAGCUAGGAGCUUUAAAGAAACUCCGUCUACUGAACCUGGAAAACAAUAAAUUAAGAGGGCCUCUUCCACACUCUUUGAAGAAAGAGAAUUUGAUUCUCAGGAUAUCAGGAAAUUUGUGCCUGUCUUUCUCUACAUCAGGAUGUAACAGUUCAGGGGAAGCUCCAAUCGAGGCACCACAAUUUACUGUAAUUCCUGAAAGAAAGCACAGAGGCCAUGCACAUAUAGCCAUCAUACUUGGUGCAGUUAUUGGAAGCAUAUGUGUGGUUAUUUUGAUUGGUUUGUCGGUGUUCUUAUAUGUGAGAAAGAAAACGCCAAUGUUGAAUAACAUAUCAAAGGAAGAAGCUGAAAUCAGAAAUUGGAAUGCAGCUAGAGUCUUUUCUUACAAAGAAAUUAAAAAAGCAACAAAUAACUUUAAGGAUGUAAUUGGGCAAGGGAGUUUUGGAUCUGUUUACCUUGGGAAGCUUCCUGAUGGAAAGAUGGUAGCAGUGAAAGUUCGAUCUGAUAAGACUCAACUUGGGGCUGAUUCCUUCGUUAACGAGGUUCAUCUACUAUCACAAAUUAGACAUCAGAACUUGGUAUCUUUGGAAGGGUUCUGUCACGAGUCAAAGCAGCAGAUACUGGUUUAUGAGUAUUUGCCCGGUGGAUCAUUAGCUGACAGCCUAUAUGGUUCAAACAGUAAGAAAUUCACCCUGAAUUGGGUUCGGAGACUUAAAAUUGGCAUUGAUGCUGCUAAAGGUUUGCACUAUCUGCACAAUGGGAGCGAACCUAGAAUAAUACACAGGGAUAUCAAGUGCAGUAACAUACUUCUCGAUGCACAGAUGAAUGCUAAAGUUGCUGAUUUUGGCCUGUCUAAGCAGUUAUCAGAAGCAGAAGCAACCCAUGUAACUACCACUGUAAAGGGAACUACUGGAUAUCUUGAUCCUGAAUACUAUUCUACCUUACAGUUAACUGAAAAAAGUGAUAUCUAUAGUUUCGGAGUCGUUCUUUUGGAGCUCAUUUGCGGUCGGGAACCAUUUACCCGUGGAUCCGGAAAUCCGGACUCCUUCAACUUGGUUUUAUGGGCCAAACCAUUUUUGCAAGCAGGAAUGUUUGAGGUAGUGGAUGAUAAUCUGGUGCGAGACUAUGACAUGGAGAGUAUGAGGAAGGCAGCUGCUAUUGCUUCUAGGUGUGUUGAAAGAGAUGCGUCGAUCAGGCCUACUAUGGGUGAGGUACUACAGGAGCUUAAAGAAGCCUACAGCCUUCAGCUUGCACAUCUCGCUUCAAAUGGACAAGCUGAUUAAGAGCUUGAGUUUAUGAUGCAACAAUAUACAUCAUGCAUAUUACAUCAGUUUUGAAUUAUUUUUUAUAGCUAAAUUUAAUAAUUUAUGGCAAUGGGUUGAACAGAUACAUAAUUAUGUCCGGCUUAAGGAUAUUGUAAGAUAGUACAUCUUGUAAAAAAAGCUUAAGAAGUAUACCUUAUUAGGAUACAAGAAGAGAUACGUUUACGUAUAGUAAAAAAUAAAAUACACGAUUUUGAUUAUUUUUCCGACAAACUGUCAAGAACGAAGAUACUUGGUUUUAGUAUGAACAUUGAUGACACUUGCUACUUCA